AUAAACAUCUGGAGCCAUUUGUGUGGCUGUCUAUUGUUUAUUGGAUUGACCAUUUUUGAUUUUCAAUUUCUAAGACUUCAUGCGGAUAUCAGUGAUCAAGUUUUGGUGGUGUGUUUACUAGUCUGUUUCUGUUUAUGUAUGCUAUUAUCGUCGAUAUAUCACAUAUUCUCGUGUAAAUCGGAAGAGCAUUAUGAUUUCUUUUUAUCGGUGGAUUUUCUUGGCAUAUCUUUAUCAUUGGUGGCAAUUUAUAUAAGUGGCAUGUAUUACGCUUUUUGGUGCUUUAAUAAAUUAAGAAUAAUUUACUCUGUGAUUUCCAUGGGUAUGUUUGUGGCAGCAAUGGUGGCACAGAUACCCAAAUUGAAUGUCUCACUGAAUGCAAAGAUUGUGCUUUUAUUAGCUUGGUCAUGUUAUGGUAUAAUACCAAUGACCCAUUGGAGUGUUGUUAUGGGUGGCAUGCAAAAUGAAUUAGUACAAUUAAUGGUACCACGUGUUGUUAUCAUGUAUACGAUUUGUGCUAUUGCUUUUGUAUUCUAUGCUGCUAAGAUUCCAGAACGUUGGCUUACCGGUAAAGUAGACUUCUUUGGUCAUUCACACAAUUGGUGGCAUCUAUUCAUUUUGGCUGCUUUCUACCAUUGGCAUAAUACAGGUAUUGUUUAUGCAGAAUAUCGUCUUAAUAAUGGCUGUAGCGCACCGGUUCUAUCGUGAAUAUCGCGAAGGGAGUGUGAGUACUUCCCAUGCAUUGUUACAGGCACCUGUUGUACACUUCUAGAAUGACAUAUACACAUUAUUUUAAUGUGUCUUCUUAUUUAAGUUAUUUUUAGUGAUAUUCUGUGUCGUGCACAUGACUCGAGUGUUAUGAUAAUUUUAUUUAGUUUAUAAGAUGGAAUUUAGCUGAAUUAUUAUUUGUUGAAUAUUAUU